AUGGAGGAUUCUGCAGAGCAGAGUCAGGAAAUGAGAUAUCACAUGCUGCAAAGGCCCAGUAUGUCUGGCUUACACCUUGUAAAGCAAGGCCGGGACAGGAAGAAGGUGGAUGUGCAGAGGGAUUUCACUGUGGCUUCUCCAGCAGAAUUUGUUACUCGUUUUGGAGGGAAUAAAGUUAUUGAAAAGGUCCUGAUAGCAAAUAAUGGCAUUGCAGCAGUGAAGUGCAUGAGGUCCAUCCGGCGCUGGUCCUAUGAGAUGUUCCGAAACGAGCGGGCAAUCAGAUUUGUUGUCAUGGUGACUCCUGAGGAUCUGAAGGCAAAUGCAGAGUAUAUAAAAAUGGCAGAUCACUACGUCCCUGUUCCAGGAGGACCAAACAACAACAACUAUGCAAACGUGGAGCUCAUUCUUGACAUUGCUAAGCGAAUUCCAGUGCAGGCUGUAUGGGCUGGGUGGGGCCAUGCAUCUGAGAACCCUAAACUACCAGAACUCCUCCACAAAAAUGGGAUUGCUUUCAUGGGUCCUCCAAGCCAAGCUAUGUGGGCCUUAGGAGAUAAAAUUGCUUCUUCAAUAGUGGCUCAGACUGCUGGCAUUCCAACUCUCCCAUGGAGUGGCAGUGGUCUUCGAGUGGACUGGCAGGAGAAUGAUCUUCAGAAGCGAAUCCUGAACGUUCCUCAGGAGCUGUAUGAGAAGGGCUACGUGAAGGACGCGGACGAUGGACUGCGGGCUGCUGAGGAAGUUGGUUACCCUGUGAUGAUCAAGGCUUCUGAAGGAGGAGGAGGAAAAGGAAUUAGGAAAGUUAACAAUGCAGAUGACUUCCCCAACCUAUUUAGACAG